GGCUCAGAUGUUCUUGUGUUCCAGGCCCGAGAAUGGCGCAAGAGGAAAUGGACGUCGACCUGUUUGGUGAAAACGCUCCAGCAGAACCGCCGCCGUCCAGACAGCCCUCCGCAGGGGACUCGUUGUUCAUAUUGCCACCCCCGAUGAUGUUUGCGGAGCUCAUGAGGGAGCCGAUCUCUGCGCCGAGGCUGAACAGCGACGCGAUCGUCCUGGACGGUGGCGAGGACCCGUCGGCGCACCAGCCGUCGCCCCUCGAAUCGCAUACUUCGAACGCGCUGCAGAUGCUGCAGGGGGCGCUAGAGCAACUGCGCCAGGCCGCCGAGCUGAACUCCUCAUCACACCAAACCCGGACUCGGAGGCGGCACGCCAGGAGGCAGCACAGGGGGGGAUCUCAGCGCACGUCGGGUACCAGCUCACGUACCGGACUCCUGAACUUCUUCCAAGCCAGAGGAGGCCUGGGGUCCUCUGCCCCAGCAGGGGGGAGCAGGAAUGUCAGCGAGGCCAUGUCGGCGCCCCCCGAUGAGUCUGAAGAAGACAGUUCUGAUGACACGGUGUUGCUAGGCGAUGAAGAAGGAGGAAGUUCCACCGAGGUGGAAGAGGAGGACGCUACGUCCGCACAACCCGCCGAGCCAGCUCCAGAGGAACUCCAUAUAAAUCUGGUAGAAGCUGGUACCGAAGCCCCUGUAACCCUGGAGCCAGUGGUUGUGGUGCAGGACUCCUCUGCGUCAUCUGUGUCCCCAGCCAAAGUCAAACAGCGGACGCCGGUGAAGCCUGCGGGCAGCUCUUUGAUAACCGAGGAGGAGGAAGGAGACACUUGCACCAUCUGCUUCGAGCCCUGGACCAACGCCGGGCAGCACCGCCUGUCUGCGCUGCGCUGCGGACAUCUCUUUGGCUUCACCUGCAUCGAUCGGUGGCUGAAGGGAGGAGCGGCCAAAUGUCCGCAGUGCAACAAGAAAGCCAAGCGGUCGGACGUGGUGGUCCUGUACGCCCGGACGCUGAAGGCGCUGGACACCAGCGAGCAGGAACGCAUGAAGAGUUCUCUGGAGAAGGAGCAUUCCCUGCGGAAAAAGGCGGAGCUUGAAUCGGCGCAGUGUCGGCUUCAGGUCCAGGUGCUGACGGAUGAGUGCGGGAAGCUCCGCAAGCAGAUCCAGGAACUGAAGAUGCUGAUGGCCCAGCACGGCACAAGCUCCUCCCAGUUGCCCUCUUCCUCCCGGGUGGGAGCGUCCAGCUCUCUGUCAUCCAGCCAGGGUCAGCACAAGUACAACUUUGAGAAGGCCGUCCUCAUCAACCAGACCGGGAACUGCCGCGUCAUGUCCUACUGCGAGUGGCUGGGAUGCCUUGUGGUGUCACAGCCUUCCUCACACGCCACCCUCAUUCCCGGUAAGUCGCUGAAGUGUUUAAGUGCAGCAAACAUGAAAAGCAGCCAAUACAUUCCCAUCCAUUCCAAGCAGAUCCGGGGCCUGGCCUUCAAUGGCCGCUCUGACGGCCUCCUGCUCUCCGCCGCUCUCGAUAACACGGUGAAACUGACCAGCCUGCUGACUAACACCGUGGUGCAGACGUACAAUGCCGGGCGGCCGGUAUGGAGCUGCUGCUGGUGCUCCGAUGACACGAAUUAUGUUUAUGCCGGUCUGAUCAACGGCUCGGUGCUGGUGUACGACCUGAGGGACACGAGCCAAUACGUGAAGGAGCUGACCCCGCAGGGCUCUCGCUGUCCGGUGGUUUCUCUCUCCUACGUUCCUCGCGCCGCCUCGGAGGUCUUCCCCUGCGGAGGGGUGCUGGCGGGGACCUUGGAAGGAGCGUGUUUUUGGGAGAGGAAGGACGUCCAGUACAAGCCGCACUUGCUGCCCCUGGAGCUCGGGGGAUGCACAGACGUUCAGAUGGAGAGCAGCACCCGGCACUGCCUGGUCACUUACCGGCCCGGCAAGACCCACAACUACGUGCGCUGCGUGAUGAUGGAACUCACCAGCAGCCGCCUGGCGGACUCCGCGGACGACUACAACUGUUCCUGUUACCCGGUUCAGACCUUCAACGCCGGACCCACCUGCAAACUCCUGACCAAAAACGCCAUAUUCCAGAGUCCGGACCGAGACGGCAGCAUCCUGGUGUGUGCCGGGGACGAGGCCUCCAGCUCGGCCAUGGUAAGCAAUGUCUUCUACUAUCCCGCGUCUAUGGCAGUGCCGGGACACUUACUGGUCAUAGGGAACUCCAGCGCGGCCCCUCAUGUGGUCAAAGGGCCACAGUUCAGAUCUGGACUCCGUAUAUGUAACGCUAGAGGGGGACUGUCGGAGGUCGCGGACGUGUUGUCGGUGUAA